AUGGAUCAGCUGUUGGUGCUGGUGCUGUUGCUGUGGAGCUCAGAGUCUGUCAGGUUGGUGGGAGGAGACAGACGCUGUGCAGGAACACUGGAGGUGAAACAUCAGGGAGACUGGAGACCAAUGGACUCUUACUGGAUCCUGAAGGAUGUAGCAGACUCUGUCAGGCUGGUGGGUGGGACUAGUCUGUGCUCAGGCAGACUGGAGGUGAAAUCUAACCAGUCUAACCAGUGGGGGUCCUCAGUGUGUGAAGCUGACUUUGACCUGCAGGAUGCAGAGGUGGUCUGCAGGGAGCUUGGCUGUGGGGCUCCUUCAGUCCUCCAGGGGGCGCUCUAUGGAGAAGUGGAGGCUCCAAUGUGGACCAAAGAGUUCCAGUGUGGAGGCCAUGAGUCUGCUCUCCUGGACUGUAGAAGCUCAGGCUCAGAUAGAAACACCUGCUCACCUGGCAAAGCUGUUGGACUCACCUGCUCAGAGCCUGUCAGGUUGGUGGGAGGAGACAGUCGCUGUGCAGGAACACUGGAGCUGAAACAUGGAGACUGGAGACCAGUGGACUAUGUCUGGACCCUGAAGGAUGCAGAUGUUGUCUGCAGAGAUCUGGACUGUGGCUCUGCUGUUUCUGUAGGACUGAGAAAAGAGUCCUCAGAGAGACCUGUGUGGAGGAUCGACUCUGUCUGUGUUCAGUCUGGAUCUGCUCUGAGGGAGUGUACAAGAUCAACUAUAUCGUCCUCCAUUUUGAAUCUCACCUGCUCAGACUCUGUCAGGCUGGUGGGUGGGACUAGUCUGUGCUCAGGCAGACUGGAGGUGAAGUCUAACCAGUCUAACCAGUGGGGGUCCUCAGUGUGUGAAGCUGACUUUGACCUGCAGGAUGCAGAGGUGGUCUGCAGGGAGCUUGGCUGUGGGGCUCCUUCAGUCCUCCAGGGGGCGCUCUAUGGAGAAGUGGAGGCUCCAAUGUGGACCAAAGAGUUCCAGUGUGGAGGCCAUGAGUCUGCUCUCCUGGACUGUAGAAGCUCAGGCUCAGAUAGAAACACCUGCUCACCUGGCAAAGCUGUUGGACUCACCUGCUCAGAGCCUGUCAGGUUGGUGGGAGGAGACAGACGCUGUGCAGGAACACUGGAGCUGAAACAUCAGGGACACUGGAGACCAGUGAUGGUCUCUGACUGGAGCCUGAAGGAAGCAGCUGUUGCCUGCAGAGAGCUGGACUGUGGCUCUGCUGUUUCUGUAGAACAGAGAGAGGAGUCCUCAGAGAGACCUGUGUGGAGGAUCCACUCUGACUGUGUUCAGUCUGGAUCUGCUCUGAGGGAGUGUGCAGCAUCAGAUACAUCUUAUACCAUUUUGAAUCUCACCUGCUCAGACUCUGUCAGGCUGGUGGGUGGGACUCGUCUGUGCUCAGGCAGACUGGAGGUGAAGUCUAACCAGUCUAACCAGUGGGGGUCCUCAGUGUGUGAAGCUGACUUUGACCUGCAGGAUGCAGAGGUGGUCUGCAGAGAGCUUGGCUGUGGGGCUCCUUCAGUCCUCCAGGGGGCGCUCUAUGGAGAAGUGGAGGCUCCAAGGUGGACCAAAGAGUUCCAGUGUGGAGGCCAUGAGUCUGCUCUCCUGGACUGUAGAAGCUCAGGCUCAGAUAGAAACACCUGCUCACCUGGCAAAGCUGUUGGACUCACCUGCUCAGAGCCUGUCAGGUUGGUGGGAGGAGACAGACGCUGUGCAGGAACACUGGAGCUGAAACAUCAGGGACACUGGAGACCAGUGAUGGUCUCUGACUGGAGCCUGAAGGUAGCAGCUGUUCUCUGCAGAGAGCUGGACUGUGGCUCUGCUGUUUCUGUAGGACGGAGAGAGGAGUCCUCAUACAGACCUGUGUGGGAGAUCAACCCUGACUGUGUUCAGUCUGGAUCUGCUCUGAGGGAGUGUGCAGAAUCAACUAGAUUGUCCUCCAUUUUGAAUCUCACCUGCUCAGCACCAUCAUCAGCACCAGCACCAUCAUCAGCACCACCAUCAGAUCUUAUCAUCAGAGCGGUCGUCCUCCCGCUGACGCUGCUGUUGGUGAACGUUGCCCUUUACUUCUACUGUAAGGCCAGCAGGGGGCAGAAGCCGGGCAGACGGGAGAACAUGGAGCUGGAUGAUUAUAACGCCGGUGUUCCUGCAGCUGAAGAAGAAGGAGCUCAGGGAGCAGAGUAGCACCUCCACGGAGCUCAUCUCACAUCUGACACACAACCCACCAUCAGCUCAUUAUAUAUGCAUGUUCCCUUUAACCAAGCAGGCUGGAAUUAUUAUAUUACAUGAUAUACUAUAGCCUCUUUGUCUUACUGUCAACGUGAAAGACCAAACCAACAAUGUGUAAGUCUCUUCAUACUUUCUGACUUCCUGUCAGCUCCAAGCCCAUUGGUUCCCACUGAAGAUGUAAAUCUUUAAAAACACUUCACAAAUAGUUUAAUUUGAAUAGAAGACUUGAAAGCAGGUAUACCAGAGUCCAAGCAGCCGGGCUAUUUGAAACCAAAGACACAGCGACCCAGGCCGAUCAGGAACCACUCAAUAAUGUUAAAUAUUAAAUAAAUAAACAUGAAACAUUAUGAAAUAUCCUCUAAAUUCAGUAUUACAAUACUCAACGAUCAAAUGUAAUUAGGUGACAUUUGAACAUAGCAGCCUGAGAUAACAGGAGAACUGUGUGACAGCGCCACCUGCUGGUGGAUUUGUAGAUCUGCAGCACAUUCAGGGUUGGUGAACCACAUCUGGUGAGAUGUUGACAAUCUGUUGGAGUUUGUGAUGAAAGAAAAAUACAAUGAGUCAAAGUCGUGUAGCGAGCAAACAAAGUCCAGUAUUAAACAUCAGAGGCUGUUCUGACACCUGUUUCUUCUCGUUAGCAAGAUAUGAACUUCAUGACUCGCUUCAGCGCUCGCUUGUGGUCGACUUGGUUCAGUUUUUGCUGUGAAGGAGAUUUUAGCAGCAGGACCAAAUGUAUCUUAAAUAAUAAUCUGAAUACAGCGUCACAUAUCUAUUUGCUGUGUAAAGAUAUAGUGGA